CUUUCUUUAUUUCUCGCUCGGAGCCGCCAGAGCUCCGUCCCUUCGGCAUCGGCGGCAACUUUUUCGAUGAAAAUGUUGCCGAGCGCGGCGGCGGGGUAUGCGGGCUGACCGUGCAGAUCUUGGGCGGCUGCUGUGCCUUUUUUUUGUCUGGGCUCUGACUGAGUCUCCCUCUCCACUAUACCCCCCCCCCCUCUCUCUCUCUCUCUCUCUCUCUGGUUUAAUCGAGUACCGUCAAAAAAAAGCGGACAGGCCAACCCAAGCAACGAGGAGCCAGGGAGCAGAUGAAGAAUGGCAUCUUCAUCCUUAUUCUUGCUCAAAUAUUGUAGACCAACCCACAGCCGUACCAGUUUUUCAUGACUUCUUAAGACGUACUUUCAUGGUGACAAACAGCAUGUUUGGUGCUGCGAGAAAGAAGUUUGUAGAGGGAGUGGAGAGCGAUUACCAUGAUGAAAGUCUGUAUUACAGCCAGUCUUCAAUGUUCCCACAUCGAACAGAAAAAGAUAUGCUGGCAUCUCCAUCACCAUCAACAUCAGGGCAGUUAUCUCAGUUUGGUGCAAGUUUAUAUGGGCAAAGUGCAUUAGGCCUUCCGAUGAGGGGAAUGGGCAACAAUAACCCCCAGUUAAAUCGCAGCUUAUCACAAGGUACUCAAUUACCUAAUCAUGUAACGCCAACGACAGGAGUGCCCACAAUGUCACUUCAUACUCCAUCUUCACCAAGCAGGAGCAUAUUGCCUAUGAAUCCUAGGAAUAUGAUGAAUCAUUCCCAGGUUGGACAAGGGAUUGGGAUUCCAGGGAGGACAAAUAGCAUGAGCAGCUCUGGUUUAGGUAGUCCAAACAGAAGCUCACCUAGCAUUAUAUGUAUGCCAAAGCAGCAGCCAUCCCGGCAGCCUUUUACAGUGAGCAGUAUGUCCGGUUUUGGGAUGAACAGGAAUCAGGCUUUUGGGAUUAAUAAUUCACUUUCAAGUAACAUUUUCAAUGGCACAGAUGGAAGUGAAAAUGUUACAGGGUUAGAUCUCUCAGAAUUUCCAGUACUAGCAGAUAGAACCAGAAGGGAAGGAAGUGGCAAUCCCACCCCACUAAUAAAUCCGUUGGCAGGAAGGACUCCUUAUGACACUGGGUUCCUUUCGAAAAUGGGCAUGCUGGGAACUGUCCGUGUGUCCCGUCUACAGAAAUCAGUUGGGAUGGUGACAAAACCAGCAAAUGAACAGUCCCAGGACUUCUCAAUCCACAAUGAAGAUUUCCCUGCACUUCCUGGUUCCAACUAUAAGGAUCCAACUUCAAGUAAUGAUGACAGCAAAUCUAAUCUGAAUACACCAGGAAAAAAUGUAUCUAGUACAGACGGGCCCAAAUUUCCUGGCGAUAAGAGUUCAACGACGCAAAACAACAAUCUGCAGAAAAAAGGGAUCCAAGUAUUAUCUGAUGGCCGAGUCACUAAUAUUCCUACGGGAAUGGUAACAGAUCAGUUUGGAAUGAUCGGACUUUUAACGUUCAUUCGAGCGGCAGAGACUGAUCCCGGCAUGGUACAUCUCGCAUUAGGCAGUGAUUUAACAACACUAGGCCUCAACCUAAACUCUCCAGAAAAUCUCUACCCCAAAUUUGCAUCUCCUUGGGCAUCAGCACCCUGCCGACCUCAAGAUAUUGAUUUUCAUGUUCCCUCAGAGUAUCUAACAAACAUACACAUUAGGGACAAGCUCGCUGCAAUAAAACUUGCCCGCUAUGGAGAGGACCUCCUUUUCUAUCUAUACUACAUGAAUGGAGGAGAUGUCUUGCAGUUACUUGCAGCAGUAGAGUUAUUUAACCGAGACUGGAGGUACCACAAAGAAGAGCGAGUCUGGAUCACCAGGGCCCCAGGAAUGGAGCCAACAGUAAAGACCAACACCUAUGAAAGGGGGACAUACUAUUUCUUUGACUGUCUUAACUGGAGAAAGGUUGCUAAAGAGUUCCAUCUGGAGUAUGAUAAACUAGAGGAGAGACCUCAUCUGCCGUCAUCUUUGAACUACAACCCUGCUCAGCAAGCCUUCUAAAGACUUAACUGUUCAUGGGGUAUGGCUGUCUCAGCACAAUACUCAAACUGCGGAAACCGAAGUGGCUCAGGCAUCCUGGUUUUUAUUCUUUGAGGAUCUGGCAAUUGGCUCAUGUGGAUGGAUCGACAUUUUGAAGUCCUGCCUUAGUAAUUAUGUGCUGCCCAACACAACUGAAUUUGUAUUUUUUGUUUUUUUUUUGUUUUUUUUUUAUUAUUUUGAGCAGGGUAUGUUUAAAAACGACACAAAAAAAUAAUUUCAGCCUAGAGGCAGAUUUUUUUCUGCUAAAGGACAAGUGGACCGACAACAUUUUCAUUGCUAAAUUUCCAAAGUGUAAAAAUUUAAAAAGUUUGCAUUGUUCAUUGUAGCAUUACUGGUAAUAAUAAAAAAAAAAUGUUUAGUGCAUUUUUAUGUGAAGAUCCUCCUUGUAUUUCAUUUGGAAAGAUAAGCAGCCUGCAUUUGAUUUGUUCAUUUUACUACCCCUAAUGUUUUUGAAUGGCAUUUCUGCCAAGUUAAAUGCAAGAACAUUUGACUGUUUAAGUGAAUGUUAUUGCCACGACCUCUGGACAUUUUCCACGGUUGUGUAUCACUGGGCUUCAUCUUUCCAGAAUGAGCAAAACACUGUCCAGUCUUUGUUACAAUUUUGUAAUAAAAGUGUACAUUUUUUUAAUUUUUGGACAUCACAUGAAUAAAGAUAUGUAUGUACGAAUGUG